GCAGUAGCAGGGGAGGCAGGAGUCCCCUUCUUUUCGAUCAGCGGCAGCGAUUUCGUCGAAGUAUUUGUCGGCGUCGGUGCCAGCCGCGUACGGGAACUAUUUGAAGAAGCGCGAAAAACAGCUCCUUCAAUCAUAUUUAUCGAUGAAAUUGAUAGCGUGGGCGGCAAAAGAAGUACUUCAUUUGGAAAUAGUGAAAGAGAACAAACCCUCAACCAGCUGCUUGUAGAAAUGGACGGAUUUACUCCCCAGACCUCCGUAGUCGUACUUGCAGGUACUAAUAGAGAAGACUUACUGGACGAAGCACUGAAAAGGCCAGGCCGCUUUGAUCGUGUAGUACAACUGCGCCGCCCAGAUGUCAAUGAAAGAAAAGAUAUAUUCAAG